UCAUGUCGGAGCUGGGCUCGGCGCGGAGGAAGCCGGGCGGCCAUCUUGGCUCGGCGGGGAGCAGGCAGGCAGAGGCGGGCAGGGAGGGAGGGAGGCAGGAGGGCGCCCACCGCCCUGCCGCGGGGCGCCGGCCUUCUCGGGGGCUUGCGGGCUGGGCCGGCAUGCGAGCGGCGGCCGAGCGGUGAAGAGGGGCAACGGGGGAGACGGGACGGAGGAGGAGGAGGAGAAGGGGAGCCCCCCGGCUUGCUCGGGAGCCCCCCGAGAGCAGCCGCCGCCUCGCCUCGUUCUGCCCGUGCCGGCCCCAUGAGGCGCCGCCGCUGAGCCCCGCGGAGCCCGGCCCGGCCGUCGGAUGAGCCCGGGGCCGGCGGAGGAGGGGAUCCCGGGGGGGAUCUAGCUCGGCCGCCGCCACGCCGCCCCCCGGGGCUUCAUGCUGGCUGCCCGCGACCCCCGGCUCCCAGAAGGAGAAGAAGGAGGAGAAGGAGAAGCCCGGCCCGGCCCCAGUGCGUGUGUGCGGCCCCGGCAGCGCUGCCGCCCGAGCCCAGGAAAAUGUCCACUCGCACCCCGCUGCCCACGGUGAACGAGCGCGACACCGAGAACCAGUGUAUGCCACUUCUUAUCAAGACGCUUCAUGCAUACGCUGCUGAAGUGGAAAUACUGUCACAGUGACUUUCCCCCAAAGCCACUAGCAGCUAUCAAGCCAUUAGUGCCUUUGAGAUUAAAGAAUUUGGCUACGAGUCACCUGGUUUUGAGAGGAAAGGCAUCCCAGAUGAUCUGUGAUCAUCGGAACUUCACACUUGGACAGUUGGAAGCUGGCUGUUUGCCUGCAAACGAGCUGGCUCCUCACCACAAAGGUGGAACAACUCCUUGCUGGUGUUGUCGCUCACAACAGUGGCUGUUUAGGGGACAGCCGCGAAGGAGAGGGUCAGAUCUUCUCUGUCAUCUGCAGAGUGACAUCGGGCGUGUAGGAGAAGCAACAGAAGCAGCGGAGACCUCCUUUGUCCAAAACCAGGAGUGAAGGUAGAUACAGAAGAAGGACCUUUAGGUGACAGAAGAGUGAGUAAACCUGUUUCACUAAUGAUGAGGAAAAGAGGAGAUGGAUGGAAGAGGAAGGAGUGUGGAAACACAAUGGAAAUGAAGAUAGAUGGUGGAGAACAAAAGAUAAUAGGAGGCAUGGAGGAACACACACGGCAGGAUGGAGGACAACCAGUGACAAAGAAAUAGGAGCAGAAGGAACGAGGUUUGGGACUGUAGGACAAGUAUUCAUUAAAGAAAAAAUCCAGGAGUGGCAAGGCGAUAGAGAACUGUAGGUAGAAGGUAGGAAAGACAAGUGAUAUGGAGGAUGUCGGCUCAUCAUUGGGGGAAGGCUUUUGCGACAAGCACACGUCCCACGGAGAUGGACGGCAGGAAGUUUCCUCUCGAACUGGGCGGUCCGGAGCUCGUUGCAGGAAUUCUAUAGCUUCCUGCGCCGAUGAGCAGCCGCACAUUGGAAAUUACAGACUCCUCAAAACGAUUGGAAAGGGGAAUUUUGCAAAAGUAAAGCUGGCAAGGCACAUCCUUACAGGCAGAGAGGUUGCCAUAAAAAUAAUUGACAAAACACAGCUGAAUCCAACUAGUCUACAAAAGCUCUUUAGAGAAGUAAGAAUAAUGAAGAUCUUAAAUCAUCCAAAUAUAGUGAAGUUAUUUGAAGUCAUUGAAACUGAAAAAACUCUCUAUUUAAUAAUGGAAUAUGCGAGUGGGGGGGAGGUGUUUGACUAUCUGGUUGCACAUGGAAGAAUGAAGGAAAAGGAGGCUAGAGCUAAAUUUAGACAGAUAGUAUCUGCAGUGCAGUAUUGCCAUCAAAAGCAUAUUGUUCAUAGAGAUCUCAAGGCUGAAAAUCUAUUGCUAGAUGCAGAUAUGAACAUUAAAAUAGCUGACUUUGGUUUUAGCAAUGAGUUUACAGUUGGAAAUAAACUGGACACCUUUUGUGGCAGCCCACCAUAUGCUGCUCCAGAACUUUUUCAAGGGAAGAAAUAUGAUGGACCUGAAGUAGAUGUCUGGAGUUUAGGUGUUAUUCUUUAUACCCUUGUGAGUGGAUCUCUUCCUUUUGAUGGACAAAACUUAAAGGAACUUAGAGAAAGAGUACUAAGGGGAAAAUACAGGAUUCCUUUCUACAUGUCCACAGACUGUGAAAACCUCCUCAAACGUUUCCUGGUGCUAAACCCAACGAAAAGAGGCACUCUAGAGCAAAUUAUGAAGGACAGGUGGAUCAAUGCAGGGCAUGAGGAGGAUGAGCUCAAACCUUUUGUUGAACCAGAACUAGACAUCUCGGACCAGAAAAGAAUAGAUAUUAUGGUAGGAAUGGGAUAUUCUCAAGAAGAAAUUCAAGAAUCCCUUAGUAAAAUGAAGUAUGAUGAAAUCACAGCUACGUACUUACUGCUAGGAAGGAAAUCAUCGGAGUUGGAUGCAAGUGAUUCAAGCUCCAGCAGCAAUCUUUCACUUGCCAAAGUUAGGCCAAGUAGUGAUCUAAAUAAUAGCACUGGACAAUCUCCUCAUCACAAAGUUCAGAGAAGCAUAUCUUCUAGCCAGAAGCAGCGGCGGUACAGCGAUCACGCUGGACCAUCCAUCCCCCCAGUAGUGGCAUAUCCCAAAAGAAGCCAGACUAGCACUACAGACAGUGACCUCAAAGAGGAAGGAAUUCAAUCAAGAAAAUCUAGCAGUAGUGCUGUUGCUGGAAGAGGAAUUGCACCAGCUAGCCCAAUGCUUGGAAAUGCCAGCAAUCCAAAUAAGGCUGAUAUUCCUGAACGUAAGAAAAGUUCGGCUGUUCCUAGUAAUAAUACUGCCCCUGGAGCAAUGACACGGCGCAACACAUAUGUUUGUAGUGAAAGAACCACUGCUGAUAGGCAUUCAGUGAUACAAAAUGGCAAGGAGAACAGCCUGACAGAAAUGUUCGCUUACGCAGCUAGCCCUGCUUCAGUUUGUACUACAUCCUUCUCCAGUGUUCGGCUGCGACAUCAGAAGUCGAUGUCCAUGUCAGCCUCUGUGCACACGAAGAUGAUGUUGCCUCCAAUAGACAAUGGCGCAGAUAACUUCAGGCCUAUCACUAUUCCCGAUCAAAGAACUCCUGUUGCUUCAACUCACAGCAUAAGCAGUGCAACCACACCUGAUCGUAUUCGUUUCCCCAGAGGAACGGCUAGUCGGAGCACUUUCCACGGCCAGCUCAGGGAGCGUCGCACUGCUACCUACAAUGGACCCCCGGCCUCCCCCAGUCUGUCCCACGAGGCGACGCCGCUCUCUCAGACUCGAACCAGGGGUUCCACUAAUCUCUUUAGCAAACUAACUUCGAAACUAACAAGAAGAAACAUGUCAUUCAGGUUUAUCAAAAGGCUCCCGACUGAAUAUGAGAGGAACGGGAGAUUUGAGGGCUCAAGCCGCAAUGUAGCUGUGGAUCAGAAGGAUGAAAACAAGGAAGCCAAGCCUCGCUCGCUGCGUUUUACGUGGAGCAUGAAAACCACCAGCUCCAUGGAUCCCAAUGACAUGAUGAGGGAAAUCCGGAAGGUCCUGGAUGCCAAUAAUUGUGACUAUGAACAAAGAGAGCGUUUCUUGCUUUUCUGUGUCCAUGGAGAUGGGCACGCGGAAAACCUUGUACAGUGGGAGAUGGAGGUGUGUAAACUGCCAAGACUGUCCCUGAAUGGAGUUCGCUUUAAGCGGAUAUCGGGAACAUCCAUAGCUUUUAAAAACAUUGCUUCCAAAAUUGCCAAUGAGUUAAAGCUGUAACAAGAAAAAUAGUUAAGUUGUAAAUUAGUUAGAAAGUGUUUUUGAGAAUUCCAAUGGAAAUGUAUAGAAUAACAUUUAGGCAAUAACUUCUGCAUCCUUCUGAAUAGUGAUAUUAAAAAAAAGCUGCUGAGCUGGGAGGGAGAGUUGGACUUUUUUAUAAGUGCACUACAGCAUUAAAGUUGCCUACUAUGUAAAAUAUUACCCCUUCUGCUUUAUUUCCAUUGCUCCUAAGUCUUUGACAACAAAUUGAAACACAGAAUAUAUUCAUUUAAAUAUGCCUCCUGUUUGUGUGGACGUGUGAAUGUACAGUAUGUGUGUAUAAUAUAUAAAGUAUUAUAUGUAAACAAUUCAUUUACAACAUCGAGCUGUACCAGUACCUCUUUUGGGGCUAAUUUUGGUGCUAAAAAUUGAAAUGGCCAAGGAGGAAACACUUGAGUUAAUAUUUAAAAUAACUGAAGAGAUAACCAGUAAACGCAGGUUUACAGUUCACUGCUGUGUUAAGGAAAAAAAAAAAAAAAAAGUGUGUGAAGGGUUUGGAUUUACGGUUGUGAACAUUAUUAGUCCUGUUUUCUAAGUAGAGCUCAUGAGAUUAUUAAAAGUUCACUUUUACUGAGUAAGUCUUGCAUUAUAUUUUGCCCACCUAUUUAUUAUUUAAGUCUGAAUCAAAAUUUUAAAAUGUAGUUGAUUUGUGCAUUAAAAUUUGGGUAAAUGCUUCCAUUCUUCUGCUUCUGCUAAACUACUAAAAUUGUAUCUUUGUCCUUUU